AAUGUGCUUCUGAUCUUAGAAAAUUUUCUUAUUUCUCGUAACUUUCAAAUGGCGAUGUUAGUCAACAUUUCUUUCGAGAAAAGUGUCGAAAAACAAGACGUCUGUCCCACCGAAGCUAGAUGGGUUAUCAAAAAUUAUGCACGGAACAUCUAUGGUAAGCCAGUCAAAGUGCUUCAACGCUACUCUCUGAACAGAACUCUAGUUUAUCAAUAUUUCUAUGAAAAGCACUGUAGAAAUUGGUUUGGCGAAGGAACUGAAAUGGACUAUGGUCGUGAAGGAAAAUGUAAAGGUAUUAAUAAUCAGAUAUGGGUAUCCAGAUGUAGACAACAAUAUAGCUGGAUAUAUGCCAGAGUGAUUAACAGUGGAGUCAUCGGAUGGGAUUUUAUAGCCAUCAAAUCUUCUUGUAGUUGCACUAUAUCUUUUCCAGAUAAUAACAUUAAAAACAAGGAAAAGUAUUGA